ACUUCACCGGCGAGGAGACAAGAAACGAUAUACCGACGAUCUCUGUUCGAUCACCAGAAGAGAAUCAUAACGUAGCUCUUCUACUCUACUACAACCACUAAUCAAUCAAAUAGUUAGGAGCAGAACCUGUCUGAAUUUGAAAGCCUCCAGAGAUGAAAAACAUAAUAGUGAAGGCAAACGCGGGUGCGCUUACAAACUUCGAGGUGCUUGACUUACUUAACUCAAGAGGUGCAUCAAAGGAUACUACAAGAGCUAAUGAUAAAGUCUCCGGAUCAGAAUACAAGGUCUAUGAUUAUUUGAUGGAGACUGCUGCUUCCACUCAAACGCGUGAGACCGUUACCAAAUUCUUUGACAAGUGCAAAGAUUUCAAACUCGCCAAAGCUGAGAUUCUCAAUGUCAUCAAUCUAAGACCAACUUCUGAUGUCGAGUUGACUCCGAUCAUAGAGAAGCCUGAUGAACGGGAAAUCGACAUAGAUGGGAUACUAGCGCUUGUGCAGGAGUUGCUACCUCCUCUUCCUUCACUGGAAGCUCCUAAAGAAAACGAGCAAGAGGAAACAGAGGACGGUGAACAAGAGGAAACAGAUGACGCUGAAAAAGAGGAAACAGAGGAUGCUGAACAAUCCUAACAUGGCAACUGCAGUUUUGACUUUUGAGUUUAUAUAUAUUUUCAGUUUGUAAAAGUAUUACUUUGAGAAACUAUCUGGAGUCUUCAAAGACAUACUUUAUUCCCACUUAUUCAUGAAGCAUAAGACCCACACAAGUAUAGUGUUAUAUGUUCUUGACA